ACGAAAAGUACCGAAAGGGGCAUUGUGGGUAAUUAGGUCGGGGAAGCAAAACAGAGAAUUCCGGAAAAGAAAGAGAUCAAACAAAUAGUGAUAAUUUGUGUGAUUCUGUGGCAUUUUGUUGUUUUAGGUUCAGUUGGAACCAUUGUUACUCAUCCGAUCAGUGACACCAGAGUGACAUCAAAGAAGAUCGCCGUUAAUAGUGUUCGUAAGAUCACUGUUUAUUUUGACAUUGACAUUCGUUGAAAAACACCAACAAAUGGAGUACGAAGGGUUCGGGAGAGAAGAAAUGCCGUUUGAAAUUCACCAUCAAAGAGAUCAAGAAAGAAGCAGAAGAAAAACGAAAACGCCGUGUUCCUUAAAUUAUUUUAGUAACAUUUCUUGUGGUUUUAAAUCUUUGCCGAACAGUUCUUAUCAGACGAUUCUUAGUUGUUAAAGGAAGAUCGCAGAAAAUCCUUCAAGCGUACAUUAUUUGUGUGAUUGUAAACAACCGGACAUAUUUCCUUAUAAACAUUAUUUACAUCCGUAUUUUCAACAUGAAGCUACUUGAAAACUCAGUGUUUGAACAGAUCAACUCUAAAUUAUCUAUAGAGCUGGAAACAUCGAAGAUUGAAGGAAGACUUGAGAGCUAUUCCUGUAAGAUGGCGGGGAACGACAAGCGUCUGUAUAAUAAGAUGCUGUCGGCUGAAGGUGGCGUCAGUCCCAUGGACCUGCAGGCCUUGUCUCCACCACAGAGUACCCUGUCCCACAGCCCCAGCAAACAAUACAGCCGGAGUCAGGGCAGUGAUGGGGAGGGUUACUUGUGUGAUACUAUAUCAACUAAAACCCUCUUCCACCUCGUCUCCACACUCAACGCCUCCUUCAACCCGGACUAUGAUUUCAGUGACGCAAAGAGCGGGGAAUUUAGCAAGGAGCCUAGCAUACAGUGGGUACUUGGUGCAAUAGACACGCAAAUGCAUGCAGCAGCUGGAAACCGAUUUGACAAACUCACCCAGGAGAUGUGGACAGCUGUGGAUGCUGAAAUUGGACUGCAGGAGUGUGAUAUCUUCAGUUACAACCCAGAUCUUGCCUCAGAUCCAUACGGAGAGGAGGGAUGCAUCUGGUCGUUCAAUUACUUCUUCUACAACAAGAAACUUAAGAGGAUAGUAUUCUUUACCUGCUGCUCAUCCAGCACGUCAGCCCAGUCAGACUCUGGUAUUGGCAAUGACAGCUUGUUUGACAACUCAGAGAUGGAGUUUGGGGAUCAAGAUUUUGAUGACAUGGAGUAAGACGAGAUCCCACAUAUUUGGUAGAAUCUGCAACAGAUCCGCUGUAGAGCCAGAAUACUGUUAACAAAUUCACAGUAAAACCCUAUAUUGGAGUGUGUGUGAACAAACUUGUAUAUAGAAAUACUUUUCUAGGUGUGUACACUAACUAACCUACCAACUAACCUGAGUAAUUAUCAAUAUCUACACACAUUCACUGUCUAUUCAAAAUACUAUUACAUGUACAGCUUAAUCUUAUAAGAAACAAGGAUCUUUUAUUUUUCAUUGAUGUGGUUGAAUAUGCUUAUUGUCAUAUGUUUAAGAAUAUGUUUUGACACACAUUUUCUGGAGAGUGUCUAUCGAAGAAAGCUGUUAUUUCUGUCGUUUAAGCACAUCAACAACAGAAGCUCGGGUAUAGGUACAGCCCAUGUUUUAUUGUGGAAAACUAGAUCAGAAAGCAAAAUCUAUGAUCAACCAAAAAACUAAGACCUCAAUCAUCUUCCUGUCCAAUAGAAAUCCCCUUUUGUAUAGUUUAAGGAUUUUGAUAAAUUUUUAUGUGUGUCAGUGUUAUGUAAGACAUAGAAUUGGUUUAAAAUGUAUGUUUUUUUAAACAUUUACCAGCAACUAACUGUUUGUUGUCCACAUUCCCUUACACACUAGAUUCACUAAGGCUUGGUCGCACCUGAACUCCCUGCCUGUUCAGAAAUUAUCAUUUCUCCUCUUCUAUCUAUGACCUCAUUUUUAUUUCACAUUUUCUUUUCUCUAUUCUUUCCGUCUCAUUACUGAAGUCUAUUCUGUAUCCAUUAACAGUUUUUUUGCAUUCAGGCAUGCAUGUACCUUGAUGCCAUUAUAAACAGAAAAGUUUAAUAUAUGAUCUUGAUCAAAAGAUGAGGUGGUGCAGAAAAACUGCAGUGAAAACAGGUCAUGGUGCCACUUCAAAUGCUGAAAAAAAAGUAUUUUGAUAGGUUCAAAAAUUGAUAUUAACUUAUUCCAAUAGUGAAGUGUAAAGAAGAGAUAUAGAAUUUGAUAGUUUAGUAUUUAAAUAAAUUUGGCCAGUGCGAUUUUAUAAAUUUAAAGUAAUCAGACCAUUAAAAAGUAGUUAGCAAUAUAAUUAAUUUUAUUUCAUUGAAAAUAUUCAUACAACUAAAACAGUGCCAUUCACACAGCAGGAUGACUUUCACAUGUUUUAACAAAGUAGUUAUGCCCACAUUUCUGUUAUCGUUUUCAAUAUUUAAUUAAACAUUUUAAGAAGAUGUACUUCAUUUACACAUGAUGACUACCCUUGAUAUAGACAUGUCAUUAAGUUCGUAAGAAAUAUUGUUUUGACCUGAAGUAUAUUUUUAUUGCCAUUAUAAGUUAAAUGUAGCAUGUUAGACUUGUGUAUAUAUUUUGUUUGAGUCUUGUUGAUAAGUUAACUAGAUUUGUUUUGCCAUGCACCGUUGAUAUAAUUUUUGACCUUGAUAUGAAUACAUGUUGGAUAUGUUGAAAAGUGUUAUUGAGAUUAAUGAUGAUACGUAGCUGUUUGUUGAUCUCAGAAUUUCCAUUUGCUCAUUAUUGGAAAGUUCUCAAAGAGUUUGAGUGGAUCUCAGGAGAAAUAUUGUACUGUGUGUAUAUAUAAGUAAAAUACCAAAUAAGGUAUGAAGAAGAGAUUAAAAGAUCUUGAGAUACCAUGUUUCUUAUAAGUGCAAAAAUAUAUUGGAAAGUGUUCCUGUGAUGUUCGUUUUCUCCGAGCAAGUAUGGAAUUGGACAGUUUGCAGCUUUUCCAAUGGGAGCACAGAAGUUUCCCUAAAGAAAUACUAAGACAAUAAUAUAUUGAGGAGAAAGUGACGAGUCCUUGUGUGGUGACAUAUAGUGUGGUACAAACACAAGGCGGAACAGGGCCAGUUGACACAAGAAAUUAAACCAAUAUAAUUGGAUGUGAUUGGUUGACUGCUCACUGUGGACAAUGCAAAUGGCGACAAGAAAUGGAGAGAUGCUGGCAAUGGAUUGAGAUUACAUGAAAUAUUUAUAAGGUGUAGAACGGUGUUGAUACACACUGUGAUACGAGUGACAAUCUACUUAGAUUGGUGACCUAAAUGGUUGUAAGGAAAGGAAUUGUUUAUUGAGCUGGAUUCAGAGGUCAUUCAUUGUUUGCCGUUAGUUUUUUUUACAUCUUUUGUCUUUACGUUAAUUCUUAUGUUCAACUGAGACAGUAAUGUGACUUGUGUUUCUGAAUUACAAACACACAAAUGUAGCCUUGAAAAAGAAACUACCGUUAGUUAUUUCAUUACACCACAAUUUUUUUUACGAUUUUCACCAGUAUGGUUAUUUUUUGUUAACUUUGUCAUUCAGUUUUUGAUACAUUGAUAACUAAACAGAGAUAUAGGACUAAACAGAGAUAUAGGACUAAACAGAGGUAUAGGCUUCUGUUGCAAUACUCAGUAAAUUCAGGCGAUAUGAUGAGCAGUUCAUUAGCAGCAAUCAAAUUCAUGAUAUAUUCUAAAACUGAGUGCUUGCCUUUUUGAGUAAUUUGUCUUGCAAUGUCCAAUAAUUACUCGAAUAAACAAUUCGUUCUGUUUGUGUUGACAAAUAUUUAAUUUUGAGGCAAUAUACAGCAGUAUGUGCUGUUUUCGUAGGCUUAUUCAUCAUGGUGACAUUCUCAAAUUAACCAUUAUCAUAUAUCAUUGUAUAUCAUAAAUCCAUGUCGUCCUGUGUUUAGUACAGUUAAGUUUUGUUAUAGCUAGUAACUUUUGGCAUGUAUUAUUUCUGAAUUAUCAGUUUGUUUUUAUCUUGUAACUCGAAAAAGUAGAAACAAGAAAAUAAAAUUGUUUUAUUUUG